UUUUCUCGGUCCCAGACUCUGGCUGCUGCUUUCGCUCGCGCUGGGCCUCGUGAAGCCUAAAUCGGCUAGACCUCUUUUCUUCCCACCCGCCUGUAGCUGCGUCGUUGCCAUUCCUCCACCAUGUUCGAGGCGCGCCUGGUCCAGGGCUCUAUCCUGAAGAAGGUGCUGGAGGCGCUCAAGGAUCUCAUCAACGAGGCCUGUUGGGACAUCAGCUCGAGCGGCGUAAACCUGCAGAGCAUGGACUCGUCCCACGUCUCCUUGGUGCAGCUCACCCUGCGCUCCGAGGGCUUCGACACGUACCGCUGCGACCGGAACCUGGCCAUGGGAGUGAACCUCACCAGCAUGUCCAAUAUAUUAAAAUGUGCUGGCAACGAAGACAUUAUUACACUAAGGGCUGAAGAUAAUGUGGACACCUUGGCGCUAGUAUUUGAAGCACCAAAUCAUGAGAAAGUAUCAGACUGUGAAAUGAAGUUAAUGGACUUAGAUGUUGAACAACUUGGAAUUCCAGAGCAAGAGUACAGCUGUGUCGUAAAGAUGCCUUCUGGUGAAUUUGCACGUGUAUGCCGAGAUCUCAGUCAUAUUGGAGAUGCAGUUGUAAUUUCUUGUGCAAAAGAUGGAGUCAAAUUUUCCGCAAGUGGAGAACUUGGAAAUGGAAACAUUAAGUUGUCACAAACAAGUAAUGUCGAUAAAGAAGAGGAAGCUGUUACUAUAGAGAUGAAUGAGCCAGUUCAACUAACUUUUGCACUGAGGUACUUGAAUUUCUUUACAAAAGCCACUCCACUCUCUCCUACAGUAACACUCAGUAUGUCUGCAGAUGUACCCCUUGUUGUAGAGUAUAAAAUUGCUGAUAUGGGACAUCUAAAGUACUAUUUGGCUCCCAAGAUCGAGGAUGAAGAAGGAUCUUAAGAAGCAGUCUUAAAAUACAAGAAAAUAAAAUUAAACUCUUUGAGAAUUGCUUCUGAGAUGCCAGCGUAUACUGAAGUCUUGAAGUCUUUUCUGUCACCAAAUUUGUACAUCUGAAUACAUAUGUAGAUAUUGUUUUCUGUAAAUAACCUAUUUUUUUCUUCCAUUCUCUGCAGUUUGUUUAAAGACCAAAGGCUAAAGUCAAAUCUGGUCUUAACCUAGAAAUACUUCUGCCUUACUUAGACAUACUCCUUAUGCUUUUUAUAACAAAAGAGUCUUGAUUUUAAAUGCAGUUUUAAGAAUUGUUUUUCAAUUUAAUAAAGUUAUUUGAAUUUCAAAUGUCA